AUAUCUAGACGAAGCUGCCGCCUGUGGAUCUCUCUCUCCUCCAGGAUACAAACAAAAGAGAAACCCAUCAGACUUUAGUACCUCCAUCGCUCCCUCUCUCUCUCUCUCUCUCUCUCUCUCUCUCUCUCUCUCUUUCUCUCUCUCACACACAGACACACACACCCACAUAUCGCAGAUUCUUCCUCUCCUAACCCCUCACACGCAUCCUCUGCUUCGGUCUGUCGCCUUCUCACAUGCAAACACGCUCCUUCUUCUUCUUCUUCUCCCAGACAGAGGAGCGGUAAAGGGAUUGCCGUGGUUCUUGGUGUUUGGCUCCUGGUCUCUGGCUCAGAGGGAGAGCAGAGCGGCAGAUGGCGAUGUGAAGACGGGCUCAGCCAGUUUUGACUCUGCCCCACAAUGGCUGACAACGGCUGGUUGCCACAGGGUACAGGACUUCGCUUGAUCAUGUGAUCUGACCUCCCUUCCCUCUCCCCAGUUCCCUGCCAUCUAUCAUAGGGGGAUCAUGACCCGCCGGCUGAGCAGCUCCACCCGUUCCCACACCGAGGACUCCAUCUUCCUGAGGCCCGACGAGGACCCCGUCUGGCUGGAUGAGCCCACAAAGACUGAAAAACUAGGCGACGGCGUCCCUAAAAAAGACGGGCUCCCAAAAUGCAAAGACGGAUCCGCAGGGGGCGAAAGCCCGCAGGGGGAGGAAGUGUUCAUGCACAAGGUGUACGCUCUGGUGAUUGAGAUCCACUGCUGGGCAGCGCUGUUUGUCGUCUCCCAAGUCAUGGGGUACUGGGUGUUUUUUGUGGUGGAAGGAAAUGGACCUCUCUCUUCCAUCUACAAAGCCCUGCAGGUCAUGGACUUCUACCUUGGCUUCAUCUUACCCUGCCACCCGCUUUUUGGGAUGGACUCGAUGGUGUUGAUGAGGGAAGUUGUAGACACCAAACAGCACAACUGGAUCGUCCAUGGAACCGCAGGGAUCGGUGUGGCCAUCUGUGUCAUCAUGGUGGUCCACCUGGUGUGUAAGUGGCGGUACGGCACCGGCUUGUGGUCGUCAGGGACGGUGAUACGGGACGUCGGUGAUCGCCGUCAGUCCGUGAGCCGCCAGCCCUCCUUCACACUGUCAGAGUGGACCGACGCCCAGGAGGACCUGCUGGACAUGGACCCUGUGCCGCAGACGCCCGUCUUUGAAAUCGGCACCGACACCAGGACGGAAGCAGACGCCGCCACCCUCACCGUCACACCGGUGGGGCUUCAGGAGAGGAGGGGCUCCAAUGUUUCCCUGACCUUGGACAUGUGCACGCCGGGCUGCACUGAGCCCUACGGCUACGGAGCCCAGCUCUCCCCGAGAGACCAGUCGGCCCAGGAGUACCUCCGACAGGGAACACACGUCCUGACCCCUGCCAUGCUGCACACACGGGCCAUGGAUGACCAGAGCCUGCAGGCUGAGUUUUAUGAAACUCCCAUGAACUUUGUGGACCCCAAGGAGUACAACUACCCGGGGCUUGUGAGAAAGAACCGCUACAAGACCAUCUUACCCAACACACACAGCAGAGUGAUCCUGAAGUCGCAGGAUGAGGACGAUUUCCUGCUGACCUACAUCAACGGCAAUUAUCUCAAAGGUUAUGGCGAUGAGGAGUGUGCGUACAUCGCCACCCAGGGUCCGACCGUGAACACGGUGGGCGACUUCUGGAGGAUGGUGUGGCAGGAGAAGAGCCCAAUCAUAGUGAUGAUCACCAACCUGGAGGAGAAAAACGAGAAAUGUGCAGAGUAUUGGCCCGAGGACACUGUGACCCACGAGGGCAUCGAGAUCACCGUGGUGACGGUAACGCAGGAGGAUGACUACAGUCUGAGGGUGUUUACUUUGAAGUGUGGGGGAGAGGAGCGCAGUCUGCGGCAGUACUGGUACACCUCGUGGCCCGAUCAGAAGACGCCAGAUAAAGCUCCACCUCUUCUGGAGCUGGUGCAGGAGGUGGAGAGGGCCCGAGAGAAAGCCCCGCCCUCCAGCGGCCCUACAAUUGUUCACUGCAGUGCUGGAAUUGGUCGAACCGGCUGCUUCAUCGCCACCUCCAUCCUGUGCAAGCAGCUGAGGACUGAAGGUGUGGUUGACAUCCUGAGAACCACCUGCCAGCUCCGUCUGGACAGAGGCGGGAUGAUCCAGACGUGCGAGCAGUACCAGUUUGUGCAUCACGUCCUCAGCCUGUACGAGAAGCAGCUGUCUCACACCGCCGAGGAGUAGAGUGGACGCCGCAGCCAACACCCAGACCGAGACACACCACUGUACACCGUACCGCCUCCGGUGGUACGCAUCACUGUACCUAGCAUCAUCUCAGUCUCACCCUUUAACAAGUUCAAACCAUGUUAAUCUCUCUUCACCACAAGACAGGCUCGCUCAGACAGGACUGACGUGAAAUCUGUGCUUACCGGAUGUCUUUGAGCAGCAGGAUAAAAACACCCUCCACCCCCCCCCCCCAAAAAAACCCACCCAUCCUGGAUCAGAUACUCAAGGUGUCAUCGAUCCCUGAGAGUCCUGGAGAGUCGUAACAGUCAGGCCCCAAAAUAAUCCAAGCCCGCUCACCUGACAUCGUAUCAUUUGCACUGCUGAGGUUUUUAAUCACGUUACUGUACAUGAGUCUCACCCCCCCCAACACGCGCCGUACGUACAGUUAUCAAAAGGUUAAACUGAAGAGCUGAAAUAUAAUCGGAUCACCUGACAGGAGGUCAUUGGAGGUCACACUCCUGAAGCUAGCGCCAGUAAAAAAAAAAAAACACGCCAGCAUAACUUACAUCAGCGGAAGCGAUCGAAUGCCAGCCCGAUAUUAAACACUAUACAGACGUAAAAGGUUCUCAUGAAAUAUAAGUUGACAUCUUUUUUCUCACUGACUCUCACUGAUGCUCACUCUUAAUGUUAAAAAAUCAAAAAAAAAAAAAAAAAUCAUUACUGAAGGCCUGUUUCCACUUUUGAUGCAUUCAGGAGCCACCUCAUCUUCAGGUUGCAUGGUGCUAAGUGUUCAUUAAAGGCAUGUGCAAUGUUAUGGAACAUAGGAAUGUAUAACAAUUAGGAUUAUUAAUGAACUAAUUAGGAUUUUCUGUGCAAUCUUACAGUAUUACAGUUUUUAACCACGCUGCCUGUGCAGUCCUCAUGGCCCCCAUGAUGUUUACAGUAAAAACAACUCCUGCAUUAAAAAGGCCACAUAGACGUUCACACUCGGAGGCGUCGCGGAGCCGGGCGGCGGCGGCGGCCAGGAAUAGAAUCAGACCGUCGGAAAAAUCAAUGUGAAGCCCAAUAAAAGCUCGGGAGUAUCUGACGUUACACACACACACACACACACAGGGGUAACUCAGAGGAGGAAGCAAAAAAAAAACAAAAACCUUGCAUAAUAUUCUUGUAAAUGUCCCAUCACCAUCACGCCAGCCCUCAGGAGCCUCCCGCUCCGCGACGCCUCUGCUCUCGACAGUAGCUUGAACACAUCCGUGAAGUUCCGCAGCCCAUGAUUGUUGUAUAGACAGGCCAGGCCUAAUCUGUAUGAAGCACAAUAGACCAACUAAGGUUGUCUCUGAUGUUCAGCUGUAAAAGUUAUUUUCUUUCCCGUAUUGUGUUUUUUCGAUUGUGUUGGGUUUUAAUGGAUUGCAUGUGCUGUAUGGGACUCCGUAGGUCCACAAUCAAAGCGACGUGAUUGGUUGUCCUGCUUUUUCGUUGUGUAAAAGGGUUUUAAAAGCCUAUUAUAAUUGCUUGCUCUCGGCCAAUGCUUUUUGAUACAGUUUGCUUUUGUGAAACCAACCAGAGAUAUUUUUAGAACAUUUUGAUACAAUCCUUUCGAGUAGAUGCCUUGUGUAUAUUUCCGUUUACACCAUGAUGGAAUGUAGCUCAUACUGUGGAUCAAACCAUCGGUUUAUAUUUGCAAGAUUUGACAGAACACAAAUGUGACGACUACCUAAGUUACCUUACAGUACAGACAAAUAAAUAGAUUAUGUUCAAGUCUUCGGUAUUAUUACUUUGACGCCUUUAGGCUUUGCUUUAAUAUGCUUUGCUUUCUGUGUACGUUUCUAUCGUUUUUGGUUUUUUUUGUUUGGUUUUUUUUUCUUGGAGAAUUUUACCUCAGACUGAGUUUCUACGCAGUCCCCCCCCCCCCGUCGAUUCCAUCUGUGACUCUUAGGCCGCCCUGAGUUGACGACACGAGAAAUAAUUGCUAUGUGAAAAAAAAAAAAAGGCAGCUAAAAACGGUGAAGACAGUUUUUCUAUGUAACGAGCAAAAAUGAUAAUCAGUGCAUCGGAUCGACAGUCGUGAACAUUAUCAGAGGAUGUUAGAGAGUUAACUGUGUGGACUCGGACCAAUUCACAUCGAAUCAACUAGCAAAUUCAACUGCCAGAAUGAAAACUGGAACUGGGAUUGAUCAGAAAAGCAACAAUCUGUUUUGUCAAAGACGUUCGACGUAAUCCUCUGAUAAUGUCCAAGUGUACUUGACUCGUACAAGCUUUUAUUUUGAGUGCUUGUUUUCAGUGCUAACCUGGUCCUCUUCUGAUGAUCAAAAAAACAACACGGGGAUGACGAAAUAGCCAAAACAGUCAGACAUACAACCAACCAGCAACCCAGUAUUUCUCUCCUCUGCUACAGUAUCGCUUUAAGUUGUGAGUUUUUGCAUCCAAAUAAAGGUAGAUUUUCAUGAAUC